AUGGCUGAAGGUACCUUCCUCGGUACCUGCGGUCAUUGCGCCGAGCUCCUGGCGAACGUUCCGCUCUCGGUCCUCUUUGUUACCCUGGUCGCAACUCUCGCUGGUCUGUCCGUCCUGUUCUACAUCACUCUCUACAUCGUCGCCCCGGUCCCGCGGAAGCCGUUCCCUGAAGAGAAGAAAUAUCGUACGCUCCUGAAGAAUGGAUCGAUCACGGAGCCCCUCGAUUUACCUUGCUGGCAAGAUGCCCUAGACGCUCAAAAACGCCCCGGUCGGGUUCUCGACCACACCUCGAUGGAGGAAGCCGAUUUGUUCAUGUCAUUGGUAGUACCCGCAUAUAAUGAGGAAGACCGCCUGGCAGGCAUGCUGGAAGAGGCAGUGGAUUACCUGGAAAAGGUCUAUGGCACGGUAACAAACUCCGCCAAUGGCGCUGAGACCGUUACGGCGGAAAAGGCAGUGCGUCAACGGAAACAGGCCAAUGGGCACACCAAUGGCUCUGCGACUCAUCGUCCGGUACAUGACAACAAGGGGUGGGAAAUCAUUAUUGUCUCUGAUGGCUCCAAGGACAAAACAGAAGAGAUAGCAUUUACAUUCGCUCGUGAUCAUCAACUCUCAAUGCACCCCAAGGGCUACGCUGGCCCUUGGACUCCGGGGACGCAUGAGGGUGUCCGCAUUCCCCCGGGCACUAUCCGGGUGGUGUGUCUGACAGAGAACAGGGGCAAAGGUGGAGCCGUCACCCACGGCAUGCGACAUGUCCGUGGCCAGUAUGUUGUAUUUGCAGAUGCCGACGGAGCGAGCAAAUUCGAGGAUCUAGGAAAGCUUGUCGCGGCCUGCCAGGAAACCGAGGACGCGAAAGGACGCGCAGUGGCCGUUGGAUCUCGGGCGCACAUGGUGGGAAGUGAAGCUGUAGUCAAGCGCUCCAAGCUGCGCAACUUCCUCAUGCAUUCAUUUCAUCUGAUCUUGUGGCUGUUGACACCCUCCAAGACGGCCACUAUCAAGGAUACGCAGUGUGGAUUCAAGUUGUUUUCCCGGGCGUCGCUGCCGUACAUUAUUCCUUAUAUGCACUCCGAGGGAUGGAUAUUCGACGUGGAGAUGCUUAUGCUCGCCGAAUUUGCCGACAUCCCCGUGGCCGAGGUGCCCGUUGGAUGGAGAGAGGUCAAGGGCAGCAAGUUGAAUGUAAUCCGGGAUAGCAUCGGCAUGGCUUGGGGACUGGCUGUCCUGCGAGCUGCAUGGUUACUUGGUGUUUAUCGGCGUACUUGA